CUCCCUUUAAGGCGGGAGCGCGGCGCGGGAGGCAGUUGCUGUGGUUUCCGUCCCGGGUCCUUCUCGUGCUUGGGAGGAGAAGCCCACGGACGUCGCGUCCCGCGUUCAAGUGCAGGAGUUGGUGGCCGCGGACCGGAGGUCAGCCGCGCAGUGUCCCUUCUUUUUCCGGCCCCUCUUGUACCUUCGCCACUUGGUGUCCAAAUCUAGGUGGCUCCGGCGCGGCCGAGGAGAAGGCGGCCUGCAAGAUGUUCAAAAACACGUUCCAGAGCGGCUUCCUCUCCAUCCUCUACAGCAUCGGCAGCAAGCCGCUGCAGAUCUGGGACAAAAAGGUGCGGAAUGGCCACAUCAAAAGAAUCACUGAUAAUGACAUCCAGUCUCUGGUGCUAGAGAUCGAAGGAACAAAUGUCAGCACCACCUACAUCACAUGUCCUGCAGACCCAAAGAAGACAUUGGGAAUUAAGCUUCCAUUCCUUGUCAUGAUUAUUAAAAACCUGAAGAAAUAUUUUACUUUUGAAGUUCAGGUACUAGAUGACAAGAAUGUACGUCGGCGAUUUCGGGCAAGUAACUACCAGAGCACCACCCGGGUCAAACCGUUCAUCUGCACCAUGCCCAUGCGACUGGAUGACGGCUGGAACCAGAUUCAGUUCAACCUGUCUGACUUCACUCGGCGGGCCUACGGCACCAAUUACAUCGAGACCCUGAGAGUGCAGAUCCACGCAAACUGCCGCAUCCGACGGGUUUACUUCUCAGACAGACUGUACUCAGAAGAUGAGCUGCCAGCAGAGUUCAAACUCUAUCUCCCAGUUCAGAACAAGGCGAAGCAAUAACUGGAAUGCAACUCAAGGGGUAGACCUGGACCUGACUUUUAGUUUAAAAAGGAAACUAUCUGGAGGACAAUGCAGAAAAACAAAUAUUUACAUUAGUUCACUGUGUUGUGGUUCUUUUAUCUACUACUUGGUGUCCCUUGUCGCAGACACCAGUGACCAUGCCAUCCGUAGUGCAUUGUGAGUACCGUGGAGGGUGCGUGAUCGCUGGAGUUGACUCCGCUGCCUGCCCCAGCGUGUGGGGACAUACAUGACCAUGAACUUACAGAAUUAAACAUGUCCAUUUCAGACCAAUAUUUCUUUCUAUGGUUUGUUCUUUGUUUUAUAUAUUAUCUAAAUAUAUGUAUAUGCUGUGUAAUACUCAUAAUCUGGAGAUAAAUAAAAUGUUAUAUUCUUGGUUUGUA